GAGCUAUCUUCCGUUGAUGUCAAACCCGUCACGGAGACGUAAACCAGAGAGAUUCGAGCCAAACAGGGCUUAGUCUUAGAUUAGAAUGGAGGCUAAACCAAUUGUUACAUCACAUGGCAACCAGAGUUUAUUUUCUUCUUUGCAUAAGCCCUUGUUAGAAGAUCUUCCGAAGGAACCUGCUGAGUGGAGGAGAUCCUAUGGUAGACCAGCACGUAAUGUUCAGCUAGAGGCCAGUUUUGUACCGUAUGAUGAUGACAUAUUACCCGAUGAUUCAGUGAAAACUCUAGUCAGCCGCCUGUACUUUCAUAUUUUCUGGACUGACUGUGACUUAGAAACAUAUAAACAAAAGAUUAAAGAAGAAAUCAAUGAUUGGUGUGCAGCACUGAAGGCAAAGAACAUUCCUGAUUGGUUGAUUGUGGUUUUCAAUAGUGAUGAAAACAAGGGGAAGACAAAGCUUCUCCCAAGGUCAUCAGUGUACGAUAAAAUAAAGAGUGAUUUCUGCAGUAAAACCCCUGAUAGAAUUGUGGUUCUGGAACCCCUUAAUGGAGAUUCAAAGAGUGUUUCACUAUGGAACCAGUUUUUAUCCCGUCUGCGUACCUUGCUGCUGCAAGCAUUCACAAGACAUUUACAGAAGUAUGAGGAUAACAUGAGAGCAUUGAGAGAGGAAAGAAAUAAAGUUGGUUGGAACUUUCAAGAGUAUUUUAUUGUACAGGAAGAGUUAGCAUUCAUGUUUGAGAUGUUGGGACUGUUUGAUGAUGCUUUGAUACAAUACGAUGAACUGGACGCUCUCUUUACACAGUUUAUACUCAACCAUGCUUCAGGACGUUUGCGAGAAAUAGAGACUGAAUAUAGAACUAACAAGAUUGUAAAAGAAGAACUGAAUCAGCUAAUUUUACGGCAGCUCACUUCUAAGAAAUCUAUACAACUUGAGUCAGUGCCAUGGCUGAGAAGUCUAACAGAAGCGUGCAAGGUGUGGGCAGGUGUUUCUCUGCACAAACCUAUCACCUGGGAGAAAAGGGACCAGAUUAAGGAUAACAAGGUGACACUACUAGAGUUCCGGAACUACCUGUUCUCCAGACAGUGUGCUAUACUACUCCUCCUUAAGCGACCAGGGGAAAUCAUUCAACGUGCCAUUGAUUAUCUGCAUGAAACUGUUCAAGAAAUGAAAACUUUGGAUAUUGAAAUUACUGAAGGUGGGUUGGACUGCUGGGUGUACCUGAGUGGCCUGGAGGUUCUGCUCAAAUGUGAGAAUAUGACAGAUUCUGUCAAUCCAAGAGCUCAAGCCCUAAACACUGCUUACCUCUGGGACUAUGUCUGUAGAAAGCUUGAGAAGUUAGGAGAGUUGUGUGGAUUGAUGCCAGGAGACAGUAGCUCUCCCAGCUCGGAUCAGUUGUCCCUCGUCAUUGAUCUCACGUCUGGUAUGGGUCUUGAGAUACCCAAUGAACAUGAGGAAGAUACUUCAAAAAAUUCUCCAAGAGACAAACUAAGAGAGGCACUGUCAUCCAGAGAAUCUUUUCAGAGGAUUUACUUGGAACAGUCAGAGCUAGCAAUGGGAACAUUUAAAUACAUUGGUAGAUUUAGAUCAGCUAGAAUGAUCGGCAAAAACCUCGCUGAUUUUUACAUGAAGCUUGGAGAGCCACAGAAGGCAGAGAAUUUCCUCCUUGAUGCUAUGACAAGCUACCAUCAGGAGGGCUGGGAGAAGUUAAGGGACGAAGCUAGACUGGAACUGGCACAGUGCCAAUAUCAAGUAGCUGAUCAUUACAAGUAUGUGAAGACAGCUUGUCAAGUGGCCAGUAGCUGUUCUCUACAAGUAGAAGACAGAACAUUCCACAUAUCAGAAGUAUUGAACAUAGCAAGGACUAAAGCAGCCGCACAUAUAUUAUUGAAAGCACCCCCAUUAUUGAAGAUUGAAGUGACAGACAUGAGUACUUCUAAAGUUACUGUGGAUGAACAGUUCUAUAUUACCAUGGUGAUUGACAACACUGGACCAUGUGACAUACCAUGUGAUUCAAUAUGGCUGACUCUAACAGACUGCACUCCUGAUUUAAUCACAGGCAUUGAUAAAAGACUGCAUAAUUUGAAAACACCAGUCACAAGACAGACUAGCAAUUCCAGUCUGGAUAAUAGACAUGUUAUGAACCUAAAACGUAUGAAGAAACAAGUUCCAUCUGCUAUAGAUUUGUGUCUGCACUUUGAAGGUAGUCCAAAUGAACCAGUUUCAACCGGAAUAGCGUGUAUAAAUUCUCAUGAAGUACUCAAAAGAAAUGAUAGUUCUGGUGGUAUGCUCAAACCGGUUGAUGAUAAAGUUACAAAAGAUACAUAUAAUCAGAGUGUUUGUUUGAAGGAUGUUAUGUUAAAACCUGGAAAAAACACUCUGGAAAUCAUCUGUGAGGGCAUUACAUCAGGAAAUUACCGGCCAGGUCAAGCAGGGGUCAAGAUUGGUCAUGUAGAGUUACUCAAGGACAUGUCCUCAGACCUUUCUAUCUUAGUGACAUGUGAUGAAACUUUCUGUGAAAUAUUUCCAGAAUCACUUAUAGCAGGAACAGUGCAAGAAGUGACAGUCUGUCUUCAUGCAGGAAAUAUACCCAUUGACCCUGGUAGCAAAGUGAAUAUUAUGCCUUCAGAUGAUAUUUCCAUAGAAACAUGUUAUCCUGACAACACUGUGAUACUACAAAAGGAGGUUGCUAGGGGCAACACAACUGAAUGGAAAAUGAAGAUUCUACAAGAACCAGAUAUUUUUGGUGGAAAAGCAAUUGAUAAUAAAAUAGCAUUUGAUUGUUCAUGGUUACCCAGACCUCUGUUAACAACAGUUACAUUGCGAAACCCUUUCUGUGUAACGCACAGACUUCAUACAGCCAGGGAAAUGAAAUAUUUGCAGGUAUUGGUACACGGUCAGUGUGAGACACAGUUUGUGUUGAAGAAUUGGUCCCUAGUUGCAGACACUAGUAAAGAUGUAGAUCUUGUUGGGAUGAAUAAGCCUGGAACACAGCAGAAAGUGAAUAUUGAUCAAAGCUGUUCAUUUAUGUGGCAGUUGAAGUCCAACAUUGAACAAUUACCUCCCCUGGAUCUAACUUUCACAUCAAACUAUUAUUGUAUAAUGCAAGAAGCAAAUGAACAGAGGCAGCUUCAGUACCAUUUCUCUUUAACAGAAUUUCAGACACUGUUUACUGUGAAAGUGGAAGUGACUUCAAAUGGUGAAAAUAAAGUUUGCAGGACUGGCACUCUUUCAACUUUGAAAAUCCACAUUCUCCAGAUGCCUGUAAGCAAACCCUUGUCUGAUCAAGAUUUGAUGUAUGAAGUCAGUGGCCAGUCUAACUGGAGCAUGCAUGGAAAAUCUUCAAGCGUGUUCUCCAUUGCUGGAGGUAGUUACAGUUCCAGUUUUCAGGUGAUGCCCCUUGUUGCAGGAUUCAUUCCCUUGCCAAGAGUUAAACUAUAUAAGUACGAUGGUGCAAAGACAGUAGAUGAUAUGUUGGUGAAGGAAGAGUCGGAGAGAAAUGUUUUAGACAGUACAGAUGAAGAAAGUUCAGACAGUGACCAAGUGUCAGAGCAUAUUGAAUUUAAUCAAGGGCAGGUGUACUACAGCAGUCUGGGAAAACAAGUACAUGUGUACCCAGAGGAAGUUAAGGGAGAGGUGGAAGUUUCAAUUGUUUAAAAGAACAGUAUUGAACUGUACAUAAUUAUAUAGUCAGAAGUCUGACAAGAGUAGAAUAGAAUUGUUCCAGCAUGUUUAUUUGCAGUGAUAUACAUAAAUUCAACACAGUUGUUAGUAAUAAACUGUAUUAUCAAAAGCUGCUAAAUGUUAGCAUUUAAAUGCAUGUGUUAUAAAUGUUAGCAUCUGUUUUAAAUGCAUGUGUUAAGUUUAUUGCGGGUACAAGUAAAGCCAAGAUCAUAGAAAUAUAAUCCCAGUUAAAAUGUUACUGUAGGUCCAAUAUCUUUUAUUUUCACCUUCACAAUAUGUUUAUUAAGUUUAGGUGUUGAUAUUUUGAAGCAUGGAUAUAACCAGCUGGGAAUUGCAAAAUGUUACCAAAGCCAAUAUGGCCAGUGUAUUAAACCAGGAAAUAAAAGCAAAUGAAUGGACUUCUGCUUUCAUGUGUGAUGAACAGACCAAUACAUGAAAAAUCUCCCAGAAAGAAAAAAGUGUUGAUCUGUUAUGUGAUAAUGUUAUUUUGUAUACGUGCAAUAUGAAUAUAUUUAUCAUGUGAUCUUACUGUAACAUUCUAUGAUUUGUUUAAUAGACGUUUACAAUUAAAUUGUAAAAAUCCGAAA